GCGACAGGAAACAGUUUGUAAAAGGCAAAAUAUUUUAUCACAACACCUGCUUUUAUGUACCUGCUACAGCUGCUGCUAGCUAACGGAGGCUAACAUCACCAGGUUUUAUUUAAACACUGUAACUAAUGAAAUGUUAAGUGUCAGGAGGAUUAGACUGACGCUAACUGGAGCUAUUUGAUGCUAACUGAUGGUAACUGAAGCUAACUGACGGUGACUGAAGCUAACUGACGGUAACUGAAGCUAACUGACGGUGACUGAAACUUACUGACGGUAGCUGAAGCUAACUGAUGGUGACUGAAGCUAACUGACGGUGACUGAAGCUAACUGACGGUAACUGAAACUUACUGACGGUAGCUGAAGCUAACUGAUGGUGACUGAAGCUAACUGAUGGUGACUGAAGCUAAGUGAUGGUGACUGAAGCUACCUGAAGUCCUCAGGGUCCUCAGUCCUUGGUCGUCAGUCCUUGGUGCCUCUGAUGAUAUGAGCAGCUCUGCUCAUAGGAGGAGGAGGACCACAGGAAGUCCUCUGGUUUCCAGACCUAGCAGCAAGAACAGCAGAGCAGCUAACGCUAACAGAGUGGCUAGCAGGACGGCUAGCAGGACGGCUGGCAGGACAGUUAGAAGUACAGCUGACAGGAUGGCUAACGUUAGCAGGAUGGCUGAUAGUGACCUUGCCCCCCCCACAGAGACCAUUGAUGUGAUGGACAACACUGAGGACAUUGUGGAGGAGGUGGUUGAUUUGACCUGUGAAGGAUCAGAAGCUGCUGUGGUCGACCUCACAAACAACGACUCAGUGCUGCUGCUGGAUGAAGGUCCUCAGAACAGGAGAGUCCCCACAGGUGAGAGCUACAUCGUCAGCAGUGAUGAAGAUGAGGACACGUCUCCUGUCCUAAAUGCUGCCAUAGUGUCCUCUGUUCACACUUCCAGGUCACCUCCGGGGACAAUCAGCUGUCCCGUUUGUUUGGACUCGUACUCUGAGAUCGUCGACAGCGGCCGAUUGGUUGUAUCCACUAAAUGUGGUCACGUAUUUUGCAGUCAGUGUCUGAGAGACGCUCUGACAUCAUCACACACCUGUCCUAACUGCAGGAAGAGACUCACUCAUCGCCAGUACCACCCCCUCUACAUUUGACAUCACUCUGACAUCACCACACACAUUUGCUGCUGUUGGACAACAUAUUUCCAGUGACAUCAUCAGUGACAUUAUCGGAUGUUUUUUGCUGCUGAAUUUU